GUUUAUGGUAAUAUGACACCUGGCAGUCCUUUAUAAGAGUGCCUCACCUUGCCUGCACAGACACAAGAAGACAGCAACAAAAUACAUCUGGAGCUUUAAGUGCUGCAACUACAGACGACACCAUGCGGUUCAACACGAUGUUCUUUCUGCUGAUCCUAUCCUGUCUCUGUCUUACACUGGCACAAACGACCUAUGAAGACUGCUGUUUUAGGUAUGUGAAAACAAUGAACCAGCGCACUCAAAAACGCGCAGUGGAGUACAGACAGCAAGUGGUAGAUGGAGGCUGCAACAUCCCUGCUGUAAUCUUCACCAUGAAGAGAGGGCGUGAGCUGUGCACUGACCCCAAAGAGACAUGGGUUAGAGGCCUGAUGAAGAAGAUUGACAAUAAGGGAGGCAAAAAUGAUCACAAGAAACCCAAGAAGCACUAACACCCGGACAGAAGCUGAGGGCAAUCAGCCUGAUUCAAUGGCCCCAAGCCAGCUCUCAUCUAUCUGCCAAAUCCUAUCAUUGAGCAACGCACGGUUUCAUGGAGGUUUUAUGGUGUCUUACUGGCAGGCAGUCGACAUGUUUGGCCAAGGAAAUCUUGUAGCAUUACUUUUGCUUUCACUCGUCACUAAGAUAAAGAUCAAGGCUUGGGUAGAAACACAACAGCACUCUGUGGUACAGGAAUGAACCGCUGAUGCCAACUGGCCGCUACAUAAAUACAUAAAUGCCUUCCAUAGCAUGACUGCUUCAAUGACAAUAUUUGUGACUGUUUUUCUUGCCCUUUAAGACACAAAGUAUUCAAUAAGCUGUUUAAUUAAUGGUGAUAGAGUGUAAAUGAUAAUAUUAGAUAUGUAACAUUUGGAGUAUAUCUGGCAUGAUGUGUCUAAAUGUCCAUCAAAUGGUUUAUUUGCAGACACAAACUGGUAAAUAUAAAUGUCUUCUGAAAUGUGUGGAGAACUCUUAUCUUAAUUUGUUCAAAAUAUAUUAAAUGUCUGUCUUUUCGUACAUUUUUUGUAUCGGUUUUAUUCUGUGUUCCCAUGAAUGCAUUAUAACAAUAAACUUGCUUAUCGCUUUC